AAAUAAUAGACAGCAAAAGCCCUUUCGUAUUAAACAAUUCCAAAAGCUAUUUCCUUGCUCCAAGUGGGACUGUGGUAGAUCCACAGCUCUUGUGUCGGUAGAGAAACUGUUCAGUGCAAACCCCAAAAUCCCAUGGCCUCACUUGCUUCUUCUUCACUGCUACCACUUCUCUUCUUUGCCAGAGUCUCAGGCUUCAUUGUUGCAGCUCUUGUCAUCUCUUGGGCUAUUCUUUUCAAGUCCAGUUUUCUCCCUCGCUCUUCUUCUCGCGAAGGCCUUAUUUAUGCAGUUCUCCAUCCCUUGUUAAUGGUGAUUGGCUUUAUUCUCAUUAGUGGAGAAGCGAUUUUGGUGCACAGUUGGUUGCCUGGCCCUAGGAGUUUGAAGAAAUCAGUGCAUUUGUGCCUUCAAGGAGUGGCUUUGGCUUCUGGGAUUUUUGGUAUUUGGACAAAGUUUCAAGGCGAAGAUGGGAUUGUGGCUAAUUUCUUCAGUUUGCAUUCUUGGAUGGGUUUAACAUGCAUUUGCUUGUUCGCAGCUCAGUGGUUGAUGGGUUUCAUGAGCUUUUGGCACAGAGGGGAGAUGCGAGCAGUGAGAGUAAAGGUAUUGCCAUGGCACAUAUUUCUUGGUCUCUACACUUAUGGGUUGGCAGUGGCAACAGCAGAAACAGGAUUAUUAGAAAAGUUAACUUUCUUGCAAGCAAAUAGGAAUCUAUCAAAACGAUCUCCAGAAUCCAUGGUUGUUAAUAGCUUAGGACUUAGCUUGGCUUUGCUUAGUGGGAUGGUUAUAUUUGCUGCAGUUUCCCCCAAGAGCCAUAACCUUCAAAGUAAAUUACUUUACACAGAAUCAUCAAGUAAACCAGAAGAUAAUCGAACCAAUGAAACGAGACACGAGAGGGUCAAAGAGAAGCAAAAACGCCGCGCGUUGGCUGCGUCCUGCAGCCGCUCUGAGGGAAGUCUCACGCUAGUUGGGUCGCCGCCUGUCCGGAGUCCGGACUCUGAAAGAAAAUAUAGAAUUGCAGCUCCCGUAGUUGGGUUUCCGAUGAUUAUUGCGUCGGUUAGGGUAAUUGGACUGGCGGUCUCAGCUUUGGUUCUAACAUGGGCUUUCCACUGCAGAGGUGGUCUCUCUCUCUUCUCUCACAACAAGGAUCUCAUUUUCAAUGUCCAUCCUGUACUGUUGGUGAUCGGUCUCAUCCUCUUGAAUGGUGAAGCCAUGCUAGCAUACAGGACACUCUCUGGGACUAAAAGCUUCAGAAAGUUGGUACAUCUAACAAUACAAUCUCUAGCCUUUGGUUUGAGUGCUAUAGGGGUAUGGGCUGCUUAUAAGUUCCACAAUGAGAAGGGCAUUGACAAUUUCUACAGUUUGCAUUCUUGGCUGGGUCUUGCUUGUUUAUUCCUUUUUGCCAUCCAGUGGGCUGCUGGAUUUUCAAUGUUUUGGUAUCCCGGUGGCUCGAUUAGCAGCAGAGCUUCUCUGCUUCCCUGGCAUUUGUUCUUUGGGAUUUAUACAUAUGCACUUGCAGUUGGCACUGCUUGUACAGGAAUUCUGGAGAAAGCCACAUUCUUACAAACCAACCAUGUAAUAUCGCGCUAUUCCACUGAGGCAGUGUUGUUGAACUUACUGGGUAUGUUAAUCGUUGUUCUUGGAGGCUGUGUAAUUCUUGCAGUUGUUACAUCCAUGAACGGCAAAGGGAAAGCCUAUAUACCACUAGAAUACACAAUGCAACAUCCAUCUGUGUAAUCAAUUGAUUGGGGUUGUUAUUUUUGCGUAGUGUAUCUUCUUUGGUUCGAGGCAAUAUCAUCUGUUGAAGUUGUGAGAAAAUGACCUUGCAAUCGCAGUUAUCAGUUGGAGCCGGAAUUUUCAUUGGUUGGUUGCUUGGAUGCAAAAAAUAAUGCCCAUAAUGAGCUGAAAAAUUACAUCAAACAGGCUAUAUUGUAAGAAAAUUAGAGGAUACAUUUCACUUGCUUUAUUUAUUUAUUUUUAUUUUUAAUUUUAAGAAUUCCGUUCUAGAAAAA